GUCUGAUGAUUUGAUCUUCGUUUCCUUGCCCUCUUCAACACAUGCACUGUAGCUUGCUGGAGCGCACGGCCCAGCCCUCAGAGCUGCUGGCCUCCUGACAAGCUGGCUGUUUGGAGGCUGAGAGAUGAAGUUGCCGCAGCAAGAAGCGGGUUAGGCGACAGCCCGGCUUCGCUGCUGGCGACGGAAGGCCAGUGAUUUCAGAAAAACCGCACAGCGGACUGGGCCAGCCUAAGACUUGAGCCAUGGGGGUGUUGAUGUCUAAGAGGCAGACAGUAGAGCAGGUGCAAAAGGUGAGCCUGGCUGUGUCUGCCUUCAAGGAUGGGCUGCGGGACAGACCUUCCAUCCGACGCUCAGGUGAGCUGCCAGGGUCCCGCCGUGGCACUGUGGAGGGCUCCGUUCAGGAAGUACAAGAAGAGAAAGAAGCAGAGGUGGGCACCUCAGUGGUCCAAGAAGAAAGCAGUGUCAACCGUGCGGCCUGGGAGCGGCUCCGAGAUGGGCGUGGAGUGGAGCCGGAGGAGUUCGACAAGACCAGUCGUUUCGUACCCCCUGCCUUCAUCCGCCCCACCAGGAAGCUGGACGAUGACAAGCCUCCAGAUAUCUCCUUAGAGCCCAGAGAGCCCGUUGUCAACGAUGAGAUGUGUGAUAUCUGUGAGGUCUGGACGGCUGAGAGCCUCUUCCCGUGCAGAGUCUGCACCAGGGUUUUCCAUGACGGUUGCCUGCGCCGCAUGGGCUACAUCCAAGGAGACAGCGCAGCGGAGGUGACCGAGAUGGCCCACACCGAAACGGGCUGGAGCUGCCACUACUGUGACAACCUCAACCUGCUGCUCACUGAGGAGGAGAUGUACAGCCUCACGGAGACCUUCCAGCAGUGUAAAGUCAUCCCUGAUUGUUCCCUGACGCUGGAGGACUUCCUGCGCUUCCGUCACCAAGCAGCAAAGCGGGGGGACAGUGACAGGGCCUUGAGCGAGGAGCAAGAAGAGCAGGCGGCCCGCCAGUUUGCAGCCCUGGACCCGGAGCAUCGAGGCCACAUAGAGUGGCCCGACUUCCUGUCCCACGAGUCCCUCCUGCUUCUGCAGCACUUGCGUCCUCAGAAUUCUCUUCUGAGGCUUCUGACAAGCAAGGAGCGGGAACGAGCCCGAGCCACCUUCCUGGCCCGGGGCAGCGGGGGCGCCAUCAGUGAGGCAGAGUGCCGCCACGCCCAGCACUCUUGGUUCUGCAAACGCCUCACGCCAGCUGCUUCCUGCAGCGUCAGCAGUGUCAGCCAUGUGGGUCCCAUUGCAGACAGCAGCCCCGCCAGCAGCAGUGGCAAGAGUCAAGACAAGGUCCUGCUGCCCCCAGAACAGGAGUCCAGAUACGUGGACUGGCCCACCUUCCUGCGAGAGAGUGCCAUCUACAUCUUGGCUGCCCGCCCCAACAGUGCAGCCAUUCAUCUGAAACCCCCAGGAUAGCAUGGAGUCGAGAAGCUCACUUCGGGGACAGUGGCGUCCCCUCCCUCCUUUCCUUUUUCCCAUUCCCCUACCAACCUCUGGCGCUGAUACUCUCACGGUGAUGGGGUACUGCCAGCCUCUUAAUUUGUUGUCACUAAGCUUUAUGGCACCAACACGUAUGGCACCAUUCGCCUCCCAGCAGAGGCAGUAAGUGCAUUGCCACAGGAGAAGCCCUGGGAGCUGUGGCACUAGCUGCCCCGGACCGCCCCUCUGCCGUCACAUCACAGCCUGGACCUGCCACCACAUGCACAGAUGCGUGCACACACAUGCGCAUAUACACUUGCCUAGCUCGCCACGACUGCAGAAGCCUUGUUCUUUUUGGUUGAAUAAGGACCAAAGUCCCUUUGUGAAGCCCCUGCUGUAAAUGAGGGGGCUCUCUGCUCAGCCCUUCUAUCGCCCAGUUCUGAUUUCCAGUAGAUAGGUCUCUGGCCAAGUGAUUCUUAAUACAUGCCCUCCCGGAGAUGCUGACAGGCCCCUCCCCCAGUGACAGCCCCUUCUGUGGUGAGCCACUGUUCCUAGUAGGUGUGUACCCUGGGCCCUCCAGUGUCGGGGAGGAGGAAGAUCGGAAAAGCGCCGCUGCAGUUCAACCCUUUAUUUAAAUUCCAACUCCUGGAACUUUAAACAGACAAGACUACUAGUCUGUUGGAAUCCUGAUGGAAAAGGGGGGAGGCAGCCCCUCCCAGAGACUCAGAACUCUUUCAGCCAGGUCGUCCACACCCAGAAGUCAGCGGAACAGUCAAUCAAAGGCGAGCCUUUCGGCUCCCAUUGUCCAAGUGCUAGCUUCUGGCCUAGAGCCCAAGGAGCUUGAAGACCAGAUAGGUUCACUGGCAGGAGUCACAGCUGCACUCAGGUCAGCUACCACAGAUGCCAACAAGGACCAGAUCUGGACGGGAGAGGAGAGGCGAGGGCUCCUGCUUUGCCAUCAUUCCAUCUCAGCCCAGCCACACGCCUAGAAAAGUGUGUGGAGAGCAGGGCCAUCCUCUUCCACAGCUCCAGAAAGAGCAGUCCUGCGAAGCCCUGGCCAGGGACUCUGUUCAGCCGUCCUGACGGCGAGGACGAGUGGCUGGGACAGAAGAGGAUUUGCAUUUCCGCUCUCGCAGGCAGAGAAGGUCCCAGUGGAGCCCCGCGGAAAGGGUCCACUCCCCGUCAUGGAGACGCCUGAGUUUCUGCUCCUCCCUGCUGCUCACUCGUGUCCUCCCCCACCAGGCAAGUGCCUGGGCCUGGCUUGGGAAGGCUUCGAGAUGAGCAGAAGCUGCCACCGGGGCACCAAUCCUGGCCUCCAGGCACCGGCCUCUGUCCUCAGCACUCAAGUUCUCGGGUCAUUGUGUGUUGUGGGUCAGCCCUGCCUCUGAGGUUCAGGUUCUAGAUUUUGGUUUCUAAUCUGAUGACUUGGGUGCAGCCAGAUCUGACCACCAAGAGUUAUUCAAGAGGGAGCUGAACUCAGUCAUGCAGAAGCUGAUAGAUCUGUCUACAUGGCUCAAGGCGUUGUACUAAAUUGGGUACUUCCGGUGUUGAGAUGCCCAGAGGAAAGUAAGGAGCUGCAAACAGGGGCUUGGGAAGAGCCCUGUAGAGUCGCCUCUUUUCGGAACUGCCUGACCCAGAAGCAGAGUGAUAAGCUCCUGGGCUUGGAUUGUUUAGGACUGAAAUGAAGCGGACAGUUGACAAAUCUGUGUUCUUAAUGUGGCCCCAAACGUUUCAUAAUCCACAGCCUUUUGUAAAUAGUCCUCAGCCAUACUUGCAGGACUUAUCAGUGGGAGGGGUGGUUAUUCAGUCUAGAGGAAAAGGAAGGAACGCAUGGCUCAGAGGCUAACGCAGCCAGCCCUUGGUUUUGCUGAGAAUGGUGAAACACAUGAAAACACGCGGGCUUCUGCUUACUGUCCCAGUGAGUGGGCUCCCCAGCGGUGCCCUCAUGCUGCUUGGUGUCGUGGACAGGCCAUUCUGAAUGGACACAAACUGAACUUCGAGAGCUGAGCAGCUUUUUGCUUCCCCCGCCUCCUCAGUCCCAGGGUCUUGAAGUGCAUCUUCUUGGUCCCUGACCCUCUACAGAAAAGGCGAGGCCUUCCCCUGGAGCUGCUGCUUCCAGAUCCCUGUGGUGAGAGCCCGUGGGUCAGAUCAGGCUGCUGGGGCCCCGGGCCUGGCAAGACAGACCCUGGGGCCCUUCCACAACGCGAGCAGGGCCAUGUGGGAUCCUCUCCCUGUUCCAGGACAGCAAACUCCCCACAGCGGGGCUACUGCAGAGCACCCACGGACACCAACCUGAGGAAGAUGGGGUCCCAGCCCAGAGAGUGCGGCGAAGCGGAAAAGCACGAGCAGCAGCUGCCAGGCACCUGGCCGUCACCUAAGGGGGUCCCGCUGCUCCCCCGGCCCAGGCCUCCUGUGCAGCACCUCCCUCUGCAGUGCCCUCGUCCCUGGAGUCCCUGCAUUACGUGAGGCUGCUCAGACGUCUGCUAACCUGUGAAGCCAAUUUCCUUCCCUUCUGAAGCCCUUUUAUCACUGUGAAUGUCUGAAAUUCUGCCAAGGACAAAAAUUAGUGUUUGGCUCUAAGAAGGCUGUGAGAGGAUGUUUCAGUCUUGUCUCGGCUGCCCAAAGUUCAGAUCAGUGCUUUUCCCAAGCACCACCCACCCCCAGCCAAGGGGGCCUUGGGUUCUGUGUGCUCCCUGAAGACCCCUCGCUCGAAGCCUGUUUUUCACCCAGCCGUCCUCUUCCCCUUGCUCAGAUUGAAAUAAAGGGAGAGGUGGCGGGCCCGGCAGAGCUGCAGGCACAGAGGGUGAGCUGAGGGAGUGGCUGGAGCCAAGUAACCUCUCCAGGUCUGCCUGGCUUCCAGGGCCAGCCUUCCCCUACAGGACAUUUGAGUAUCCCAGGGAUGGAGCUGUUUCGUCCCUAGGUACUGAUCCAACUCUCAAGUGCUCUUCCUUUGAGGACGGCUGCAGCAGAAGCCAUGAGUACAUUGCCUCUUUCUACCCUCAGCCCAAGCGAUGCGGGAUGGCAGGGCAGACACUCUUUUCUGGCCCUGGUGCACCCUAUGGGAUGUCACCCUGGCCUUGUUUAAGUGGCCAAGUCGUGGGGUUCCCCCAUUCCUAUCACCAGUAUAAAAAGCACAGAAUCAAACCACCUGGGAAGAGGGCACCGCAUUGGGAGGUGAGCCCAGGCCUCUGCCCAGACCUCUUAGCCCAAAGCACAACUUUGGCCAUUUCACGUUGCAAAGCUUCAGUAAGAGUAAUGACAGGAAACCCUAAAGCCAUGAGGGCAGCUCAGCAGACGCUGCUUGGCAGGGCUUCAAGCCAGCCGUGUCCACCCCAGAGCCAAGAAUAACCUCCAGGCAGCACCAAGAACUGUAACAGGCUCUAGCAGUCCUGCAGCCGUGACCCCUGCAAACCAGCAGAGGAGUGGCAGAAAACAUUCGGCACUAACAAGACAACUUCGAUGCCAGAAUUUCAGGACAUCGUGGUGGCACCUGUAGCCGUUGUCCCUUUCUCCGCCCACCUACCCUGUGUCCAGUGGAAUGAAGUUGCUACGCUCUUCAUGCCACUUAGUUUGGGCCCAUCCAAGGUACAUCUCAGUUCUGGCUGCUUCCCAGACAAUAGAUUUACUAGGGGGGAGGAGGACAUUGGUGUAUCCUGCUUGUUCCUGACAGCUCAGCCCUGGAGUGGGGUGGGACUGGGCAUCUUCCCUGCUGUUUCCCUGCUGCCACUAUGUUGGACCACCUUGAAAGGAAAAAACAAAACAGGUUCUAGAGUUUCUACUAGGCCCAGCAAGCACCAAGGAAGAUUUCCCUCUGGGCCACAUGCCCCUGUGGUGACAGUAUGGAGUCAGCUGGUCUGGGCCAGUGAUUGAGAAGCCCAGGCGCAUCCCAGUUUGCGUAGCACUGGGGCUGACAUAACCACGGAUGAGAACAAGGUACAAGCAGCAAGGCUUUUCCAUGUCCAUGAUGAAACGACGACCUUCAAGCUUAGUCUCUGGCCCUGAGAGGAUGGCGUACGCUCUGUGUCCCAGCCAAACGCGGGCUGGGCUCUGGUUACCUCUGAGUAACAAUGGAGGAGCCAAGGUCCUCUGUCCCCCGUGCUCUUCCUCUGUGCUCUUGCAGAAGGUCCCUUGACGGUGCGCUGAGGGGAGCACCCCCAAGGCCUGCCCUCCGUCCCUGCAGCUGCAUGCUCUUCCCUGUGGCUCGGCCUCCACAGGCUCUCCAGAAAGAGCUGAUGCCCCCAGAGGCUGGGCGCAGUGGACAUCAUAAUAAAGAGAUUGUCAUGCUG